GGUUCUGACAGAACGCCAGUCUGCGCAAGCAACGCUGUGCUGCAACUCGAUGCGCGAACUUAUUCCACCAACCAAAAUACGUGCUACUUCAACCUGGCCAACUGCGACAACAAGGGGCUGAAAGUGCUGCACUACGGCAUGUGCCGCAGGAAAGAGGGUGGCCGACGUCUGAGGGAUGCCCAGGCAUAA